UUCGUUUUUUCUGUUACUUAUUUUAUCCAAAACCUAAAAAACAUUUCCUAUUCUCAUUUUCUUAUUCCCGUUACCUCGCCCAAUCCAAAAGCCUCCACUCAGCUAUCACGAAUUCAUGGACUGCUCUUAAGGCUCUAUGGCUUCUUUGUGAUGUGAGCAACCAAAAAUGUCAUACCUACUAAGGUCUUUAAUUGCUGAUCACACACUAAAUGCAUAGACAGUGACUUGGAGGUUUCUUCUUGCUCCAAUUUGCUUAUGAAAUUUGAGAAAUAAUGGUGAAUGCAACGUUUUUAAGUUCUGGGUACUCAAUUGGGUGCCAUUUUUACUCAUCAAGCUGCAAAAUUUCCAAGUCUCAGAAGGAAAUUGGGUUUCUUAUCUUUGCUGCAAAGGCAAACCCUUCUCAUGGAAAGUUGGUGAUGAGCUCUUCCUAUCAAAAGAGGUCUAGCAAGUUUAGUGGAGAGCCACAAACUAGUUCAAAAGCAAUUGAAAAGAGGACAACAGUCAAGAAAGCUGGAAAGAGAGAGCAUCACUUAUGGAAGAAAAGAGAUUCUGCUGGCUCGGGGCAGAAGGCACUCAAUCUUAUUAGAAUAAUAUCUGAUCUUCCUAAUGAGAAAGAAGUUGUGUAUGGAGCAUUAAACAAAUGGAUAGCUUGGGAGACGGAGUUCCCUUUGAUUGCAGCAGCUAAGGCUUUGAGAAUCCUAAGAAAAAGGAGUCAAUGGAAACGUGUGAUCCAAGUAGCAAAAUGGAUGUUGAGCAAAGGUCAAGGAGCAACAAUGGGGACUUAUGACACCCUUCUACUAGCAUUCGAUAUGGAUCAGAGAAUAGAUGAAGCUGAAGCACUAUGGAACAUGAUUUUGCAUACACAUAAACGUUCUAUCUCAAAGCAGUUGUUUUCUAGAAUGAUUUCUUUGUAUAAUCAUCAUGGCAUGAAAGAUAAGAUAAUUGAGGUAUUUGCAGACAUGGAGGAACUGCGUGUAAGACCAGAUGAUGAUACUGUCAGAAGAGUGGCAUAUGCUUUUCAGGAACUAGGCCAAGAAGAGAAGAAAAAGCUUCUUGUAAGUAAAUAUGGAUGCAAAUGGAAGUAUAUUCACUUCAAGGGUGAACGGAUCAGGGUGCAAAGGGACACAUGGGCUGAAGAUGACAGUUUAACCGACUAAAGUUGAGGGAGUGCACCAAAACUGAUCCCUGUAUCUAUUUGUCAUUCUUCUGUUUAAAAGAUGCAGUCAGGAUAAAUUGGUGGUUCUUACCAAUGUUCACUUUGAUCUCUUCUACAAUCUUAAAUCUGAUCAUUGAGAUCACACAAUAGUUUUAACAUCUAGGGGUCAGCAUUUAAAUUUUUGCGUGUAUAUGGGGUCAUGUUCAGAUAGUAAUAAAACUAUUUGUAAUUGACUUUAUAAUAUAACUUUAAGAUGCUUUUAUUCAUUUAUUUCA